CCGCAAUUAGCUCAGCCAUUUUGACGUAUGAACCAAGUCGACUACUUCAAUGCACGGAUAACAAAGUUGCUGCAUGUAGUAGUAGACAAGGUACGGGCAAAAACGAGAUAUAGAGCAAUGCGUACUCUGAAACCAAUGCUGCUGACAUUAUCUAAUGGAGAGAAGAGAAAUCAACGGAAUAUAAUUGAUUUGUAAUUAUAGUACACAUUCGCGCCGUACAGGUGCAUGUUUUCUUUAAUAAUGAACUAGUUCAGACAUGUCGCUGUGUGUCAUUAACAAUCUGCGUCAUCUACAGAUAUUUACAAAUGAGAUUUUUUAUAAGUGUUUUUGGUAAAGCUGUAAGUUUGUUCUGUUGUAUGUGAUUUGUAUAAUUGGGGUGAGAAAAGUGGCAAACAAUUGUAAAGGAAAACAGGAAGAUUAGGAGCAGUUGAUUCCAAAUUAUAACAAUGAGUCUUAUUGAAGGUGUUGGAGAUGAAGUUACAAAUUUUUUUAUUAUUGUAGUAGCCCUAUUAAUAGGGUGGCUUGCAUGGUGUUCUACAAGUAUUGCAGAUCAACCAUUAAUACGCACAGUACUUAUAUUGCAACAUAGAACACGCACACGUAUCGCUGAACUUAGAGCUAAUCAAGCUGCAAGCUCCUUCAGUAGGCCUCCAAAUUUGGAGAUGUCAGAAGAAGAAUCAGUAGAACCAGUUGCUGAUGACAGCAAUGAUAUUUCACAAAAUUGUCCAGAACCAUCUGUCAGAGACACAAGUGGAAGGAUUUCUCCAGAAACACAAAGAGCACCUGAAGCAACAGCUACAGAAGAAGUACUUAUCGAGGCCAUGGAUUCAUUUAAUAAUGAUAAUGCAAGUUUGUUGCAAAGGCAAACAAAAAUAAACACUUCCAAAAAAACAAGUAUAUCAGAAUCAUGCACUGAAUCUGUGGAAGCUGUACAACCAGAACCUGAAAAUCUUUCAGGUAGCGAUGCUAAUGAAAUAAGCAUUAAGCUUAAGUUUAUAAAUGAUGAUCAAAAAGUAGUUACUGGUAGUCUUAAAGAGCUGCUUGGAGACUUUAAAAGGAGACAUUUUCAGAUAGAACUUGAAGCCCAAAAAUUGGUACGGUUAGUUUUUAAUGGUCGAGUAUUACAGCCUGAUAGUCAAACAUUGGAAAAAUGCGGUUUGUAUAACAACUGUGUAGUUCAUUGUUUAGUACAUCAACCGCGACCAAACCCUGUACCGUCACAAACAUCGACAUUAGACAAUUCAUCGUCGAUCUAUUUCAAUCCUCAAUCAUUUUCCGACAUACCUGUUGGUACACCAAUUAGUUCAGUGCAUAAUGAAUGGGAUUUGAGUAGACUCUUUUUGAGUAUUUUGACUCUCAUGUUAGGUCUUGCUUGGUAUUCUCGAUACCAUUAUGCUCAACUGUUUACCACAACUACUACGCUUGCUCUGUAUGCGCUCACUGCAAUUUUUGCAAUUUCGUUAGUUGGUAACUUUUUUCCCGAUCAGGACAACAUUAGAAAUAUUGAAUGAAUUUACAAAAAUAAAGCACUUUAAGACAUUACAUUUUGAAAUAUGAUUUUUUUUUUUUAAUAUCAAUAUAUAUUUUAACAUAAAAUCAUUUCAACACGUUUGUUCGUGACAUUAAAGAAGAUGAAGAAUGUAAUUUUUACCACUUUAUAAAACGACUUAUUCGUGUAAAAAGUGAAAUGUAGCUAGGUCAUAUGAUUGCAUUUUGAUUAAAAUGAAUAUGCAUUGAGCUCAAAA